GUCACAAUGCUGCCUUCUCAUGAAUCAUUAAGUAGCCCCAUGCCUCUUAGCUCUACUCAAAAUGCUGCGUUUUCUACUAUGGGUCUGAAACGGAGAGCAAGGGUGUUUUUUGACAGCUGCAUUACUGCUGAUAAGCAAGACUCUGCCAGCUGAUCAAGUACUGAGACAAGCAUCCCGAGCAGCAGCAACACAGCAGCACUAGUCACUACGAGCAGUGGCAGUCAGUAGCAGCAGCAUUAACAGCAGAAGCAGCAGCAACAGCAACUCUCUCCUGCCUUUUUUUCUUCUUUGUGGAGUUAUAAUCUGUUCUGAGAACAACAGCCAGGGAAGACGGGACAAGUGGAUCAGGGCUGAUAGCUGUCAUCAAAACAACCCCAAACGCAGACCUGGCUGCCCACAUGCCGAUCGAAUUUGUUUGCAAAAUCAAAUUUGCAGAGGAGGAUGAGAAGCAGAAAGGCAAACAGGAUGGGGACAAAGAGAGCCUGAUUGAGGAGAGCUGCACACCUCCAGCUAAGGACCUGGUCGGCUUCGCCAACUCCAGCUCUCUCCACGGGAUUAACCACAUCUUUGUCUCGGGGCGCCUGGGCAUUCGGCAGACCCUCUGGGCACUUGCCCUUUUGGCUUCUCUGGCACUCUUUUUGUACCAGGCAGCAAAGUGUGCCGUCUCUUACCUGGAGCACCCUCACGUCACGGCUUUGAAUGAGGAAGCAAGUCCCGAGAUGGUCUUUCCCGCUGUGACCAUCUGCAACAUCAACCGCUUUCGUUUCUCUGCUCUCACCGACGCUGACAUCUACCACCUGGCUAACCUCACAGGUCUACCGCCAAAAAACCGGGAUGGCCACAAGCCCACUGAUUUGGACUAUCCUGCACCGGAUAUGCAGGACAUCUUCAACCGGACGGGACAUCAGCUGGAUGAGAUGCUGAAGAGCUGCAACUUCAGUGGACAGAACUGCUCUGCCGAAGACUUCUCUGUGGUCUACACCAGAUAUGGAAAAUGCUACACUUUUAAUGGGAACAAGUCGACGUCCAGGAAAACCAAGCAAGGUGGAAUGGGAAAUGGGCUGGAGAUUAUGUUGGAUAUUCAACAGGAUGAGUAUCUCCCCAUCUGGAAAGAGACAAAUGAGACGUCGUUAGAGGCAGGGAUCCGCGUGCAGAUCCACAGCCAGGAUGAGCCUCCCUACAUCCACCAGCUGGGCUUCGGAGUCUCCCCGGGAUUCCAGACCUUUGUUUCAUGUCAGGAACAAAGGCUGACCUACCUGCCCCAGCCCUGGGGGAACUGCCGCUCCACGAGCGAGCAGAUGAUCCCGGGAUACGACACCUACAGCAUCAGUGCCUGCCGCCUGCGCUGCGAGACCAGGGAGGUGCUCCGGGAGUGCAACUGCAGGAUGGUACACAUGCCUGGAACUGCUGAUAUCUGCACUCCCAGUAACAUCAAGUGUGUUGACAAGGCACUUGCCCUUCUCCAGAAGAGCACUGGGGACACCUGUCCCUGUGAGACACCAUGUAACCUGACCCGCUACGGCAAGGAGCUCUCCAUGGUCAAGAUCCCCAGCAAGGGCUCCGCUCGCUACCUGUCCAGGAAAUAUGACAGGUCUGAGGAAUAUAUCAGAGACAACUUUCUGGUGUUGGAUAUCUUCUUUGAGGCUCUUAACUAUGAAACAAUUGAACAAAAGAAAGCGUACGAUGUUGCAGGUUUACUAGGUGACAUUGGAGGCCAGAUGGGCUUGUUCAUUGGAGCCAGUAUUUUGUCAAUCUUAGAAAUAUUAGAUUAUGUUUACGAGGUGAUCAAGCACAGGCUGCAGCGUCUGCUGAGGCCACAGAAGGAUGAGAAGAAACAACAGACGACCACUGUUGCCACUGUGGAUUUGCAAGAUGUGAAAGCUAAUAAGGAGUCCAGUAACAUAACCAGAAGUCAUCCUGAAGGAGCCUACGCCAAUGUGAUUCUACCGAACCACCAUCUCCCCCACCACCAAGGACAGCCACAUGGAGUGUUUGAGGACUUUGCCUGCUAGACCCAGCGGCCAUCUUUCCAUCCUGAUGACAACAAAAUAUGUCCUCUCUGGGCUGGAUUGGGCAUCAAAACAAACCCUGGGACCUCAGUUCUAUACCUUUCUUGCUGUCACCAGUGGAAAAAGCUACAGCCAAAGUCGAACACCAAAUCUGUGCUUCUAAUAGACCACUUGUAUGUAGGCACAGAUUGGACCCCACAUUACUGUCCAGCUGGAGAUGCCCACCUUCGAUCCUCCUCCAAUGGAGAGCUGGCCACUCUGUGAUUUCUAUUCUGGUUAUUUUGGUACAUGGUCACCACAUGGGAACAAGACAAGGACUGCAUGUCAUCUUGAGCCAUCUUGAUAUGCUCACCUCCAAUAUCUUGAUUUAUGUACCACUCUUAAUUAUUUUUGUUUCCAUCUAACUAUUUCUCAAUAAGUUCUCACUUACGAUUUUGAAUCAUAUCAUUAUAAAUUAUGUAAUUAUUUACUGAGAUAUUAUAGUUUCCCCUCUAUAUUGUUUACAAGAUGAGACUAAAGACAAGUGGUGAUAUUCAAUCUAACCAUUAUAUCGAGAUAUCAGCAAACAAAAUCAGAGGAAAUAUUACAUUGAUCUUUUAGUGUGCUAAAACCCUACUACACUUGCUUUGAUGAUAGGGCCCGUACUAUAGACACACACCAUGUCUGGUUUAUGGUAAAGGUGUGUUAGAGAGUAGCAUUAUACAUGUACAUGGUUCCAACCUGAAUACAAAGAGAAAGCACUGUUUUAAAUGGAUAAUGAUUAAUUUAAUAUAUAACUCUAAUACAAAUGUUGGUAAUUUAUUUAUAUAUUUUAGAGAAUACUAUUUUUUAAAUAAUAUGAUUGUAGCUUCUUCUUGUUUAUUAGCGAAACCAGUCGGAAAGAUGAUGAUUGGAAUUGCUUUGCUCCAAGCAACAAAAUGAGCAUAGAUAUGGUUAAUAUUAUUGCCAUUAUUUUUCCAAUUUACUGAUUUGGGUAUGGGUGAAGUUCUUGCAGCAAUUACAGUGUCCACAUUAGGACAGCACUCAAAGGCAAUGAAUAGCAACAAGCUUGACAUGGAUGAAUCAUUUCACAUUUGGGCCCUUCUGCAAACGCUGUGGUCAUCUCAAUGACAAAGUCCUCAUUAAGGUUGCUUAAGGUUAUACAG